AUGCUUACGGGCACGCCGAGCGACUCCUCGCAAGAGGUCUUCCUUGAGUUUCAAUCUUUGGCGCGAAAAUACGGAGCUGUGGAGGUCCAUUGGAUCCCCGGCCAUGCUGACAUCCCAGGCAACGAGGAGGCUGAUGCUCUGGCAAAGGCGGGAGCAUCACUGCCAGAACCCGCUGAUAACGUCCCGACGCUAGCGCACCUGCGAAAGAUUGCCCGACAGCAGCCGGAAGAGGCUUUCAAGGCCUGGUGGGAAGCCUCUGCGCCGGAGCGAUACAGAGACCUGAGGCUUAAAGCCACAACCAGCUGCCCGUCAGAAUUGGCGCUCUCGGCCCCUGCUUCGUAA